AUGAGUUUUAAGGAAAAAUUGCAGAGAAGGGAGAACUGCAAUGAAGUAGUAUACGAGGCAUGCGGGAAAAUUGAUCAACAUUUUAGGGUGAAUGAAAAGACAAUAAAACACAAAAAUGACGAAGAAAAUUUUUCGAAAAAGUUACCGUUCUUUAUGAAUAAGGAUAAGGAUAAGAAAAAUGAGAAAUACGACUUUUUGAUGAACGUUACAGAAGGAGAUGAAGAUGUAAAAUUCAUAGCAAAAACUAUGAAUACAUAUUUGAACUUAGGUGAAGGGAUUAGAGUUCGAAUGGCCCUACUGUAUAGAACUGGACAGUUCAAUUUGUUUAGAAAUUAUUUAACAGCUAUUAAAGAAAUACGUAAGGGAAUUUUUGCUUUAAAAAUUACCAGAAAAGGAGAUAUGAGAAAAAAAUUAUUGCGAUUUAAUAUUGGUCAUAUAUGUAUAAUGGGAAAAUGGUCAAGGAAAAUAUUAUUGUAUGAUGAGAUAACACAAAUAAAUAUAGGAAAUAGUUGUACAUCAGAGUUAAGACUUUUUGAAAAGAAAUAUCAAGAUAUUUAUAACAGAUCCAAUUAUGUAGUUUUACGGAGUUUAUAUAGAGACUACAGUUUUUUGUUUAUAGAAGAUGAAAAAAUUUCCAUGAGAAUUAAAAGUAACUCACCUCUUGUAAAAUUAAAAAAAUUGUUAAAUAAAUCGCCUAUGAUUCACAAAAAUAAUAAUUUAAAUUUAAGCAAUAAUCCACCUCGAGAAUUAAAAGAUACUACUAUUUCUACAACUGAGGAAAAUUGUGAAGACAUAAAAAGAGAAAUUUAUCAUGCGAAAUAUGAAAAUAGUAGAGGUAAUAACUUUCUAGCUAAGGAUAAAGGACUAGAUAAAAACAACACUAAUCAAGGUUUUAAAUACUUUUUUUUAUCUGCGCUUAAAAGUAUAAAAUCGAAAAAUGUCGAUAUGUAUGAUGAAAAAGUCAAAGCAGUAAUUAAAAAAAAUAACAUGAUUUUUUUUGAUAAAUAUGAUUUCAGAAAUGCAAAAAUUAAUUCCUUUUUUCUUUUUUGUCAAAUAGAAUUAGAUAUAUGUGGACCAGAAAUCUGGUUCACUUCCAAGUUUGAUGAGAUGCUCUUCACGCACAUGAAUUAG